GUCCCGUAGCGUAGCACUACCUUUCACACCGCCCGUCGUGGACGGAGCACACACACAUACAAAUCGACCGAUGGGCCUGGAUGAGAAGAGCGUGGCCAUCGUGGGCGCCGGCGUGAGUGGCCUGGCGGCGUGCAAGCACCUGCUGGAGCGCGGCUGCCGGCCGGUGGUCUUUGAUGCGGGCGACGCCGUCGGGGGCGUGUGGCCGAACGCCAUGGAGGGGACCAGGCUCCAGGCGCCACGGCACAUGUAUCGCUACUCCGACUUCCCCUGGCCGGACUCCGUGACGGAGAUGUUCCCCAACCAGCGCCAGGUCGCCGACUACCUCCACGCCUACGCGCGCCGCUUCGGCGUGCUCGACUGCGUCAGGCUCGGCCACCGCGUGACCAGCAUGGAGUACGUCGGCGUCGCAGAGGAGGAGGUGGUGGCGUGGGAGGAGUGGGCCGGCUGCGGCCAGGCGUUCGGCUCCGGCGACGGGGAGUGGCGCCUCACGGUGGCCGACGACGAAGGUCACAUAGAGGUACACAUGGUAGACUUUGUGAUUCUUUGUACGGGAAGGUUUAGCAAUUAUCCCAACAUACCCAAUUUCCCUCCUGGUAGAGGCCCAGAAGCAUUUGAUGGGAAAGUGAUCCACUCCAUGGACUACUCCAAAAUGGGUAGUGAGAAAGCUAAGGAGAUGAUCAAGGACAAGUGUGUGACUGUCGUUGGCUAUGGAAAUUCAGCCCUUGACAUUGCUAAUGAAUGCGCAAAAGUAAACGGUAAAAAUAUUCAAUCCUCAAUUAAACAUACCUUGUUUCUCCUUGUUAGUGAAACUGAAACAUUAUUAUGUCCAUUUUGUUAAAGCAUUCCAAUGUAUACAUUUAGUAGCAUUGCCUAUCAUGAUUAUAUUGUCUUCGUCUUUAUAGUUUCCUAGAUAAAAAUGAAAC